AUGGCGCGCAAUGCGGUGGACAAGGCGACGUCCAUCGACGCGCAGCUGCGGCUGCUGGCCCCGCAGAAGCUCUCCGACGACGACAAGCUUGUCGAGUACGACGCCCUGCUCCUCGACCGCUUCCUCGACAUCCUACAGGACCUGCACGGCGAGGACAUCAGGGAGACGGUGCAAGAAUGUUACGAGUUAGCUGCUGAGUAUGAGAAUAAGCUUGACCCCAAAAUGCUGGAUGAGAUUGGGAAUGUGCUGACCAGCUUGGAUCCUGGAGACUCCAUUGUCAUAACAAAGUCAUUCUCACACAUGCUUAUCCUGGCAAACUUGGCUGAGGAGGUACAAAUUGCAUACCGCAGGAGAAUAAAACUGAAGAAGGGUGACUUUGUUGAUGAGAACUCAGCAACAACUGAAUCAGACAUCGAGGAGACACUAAAGAGGCUUAUGCACCAGCUUAAGAAGUCCCCUCUGGAGGUAUUUGAUGCUCUCAAGAAUCAAACUGUUGACCUCGUCCUGACUGCACAUCCAACUCAGUCAGUCCGGAGAUCACUGCUCCAAAAGCAUGGCAGGAUAAGAAACUGUUUAACUCAACUUUAUGCAAAGGACAUCACUCCAGAUGAGAAACAGGAACUUGAUGAAGCACUCCAAAGAGAGAUUCAAGCUGCCUUUAGAACUGAUGAAAUCAGGCGGGCGCCUCCUACUCCGCAAGAUGAAAUGCGUGCUGGAAUGAGUUAUUUUCAUGAGACUAUAUGGAAGGGUGUACCCAAGUUCUUACGCAGGGUCGACACUGCUCUUAAGAACAUUGGCAUAAAUGAGCGGUUGCCAUAUAAUGCCCCUAUCAUUCAGUUUUCUUCUUGGAUGGGUGGUGAUCGUGAUGGGAAUCCAAGAGUGACGCCAGAGGUAACAAGGGAUGUAUGCUUGUUGGCUAGAAUGAUGGCUGCUAAUUUGUAUAAUGCCCAGAUAGAAGACCUGAUGUUUGAGUUAUCUAUGUGGCGCUGCAGCGAUGAGUUACGUGUAAAGAUCGAUGAGUUAUACCGUUCCUCCAAGAAAGAUACAACAAAACACUAUAUAGAGUUCUGGAAACAAGUUCCUCCCAGUGAACCUUACCGUGUGAUUCUGAGUGAUGUCAGAGAUAAACUCUACAACACACGUGAACGAGCACGCCAUUUAUUAGCUAGUGGGUUUUCUGAAAUUCCAGAGGAAGCAACCUUCACCGAUGUUGAACAGUUCUUGGAGCCACUUGAGCUCUGUUACAGAUCUCUCUGUGCCUGUGGUGAUCGCUCUGUUGCAGAUGGAAGCCUUCUUGACUUCUUACGGCAAGUGUCUACAUUUGGACUAUCCCUUGUUAGACUUGAUACCAGGCAAGAAUCUAACCGGCAUACUGAUGUUAUGGAUGCUAUAACUGAAUACCUCGGCAUUGGAUCAUACUGUAAAUGGCCAGAGGAGAAACGCCAAGAAUGGCUACUAUCGGAACUUAAUGGAAAGAGGCCGUUAUUUGGUCCUGACCUUCCCAAGUCGGAUGAGAUUGCUGAUGUUCUAGAUACUUUACACGUAUUAGCUGAACUUCCUUCAGACAGCUUUGGUGCAUAUGUAAUAUCUAUGGCGACAGCUCCCUCAGAUGUUCUUGCUGUCGAGCUCUUGCAGCGUGAAUGUCAUGUGAAAAAACCACUGAGAGUUGUGCCAUUGUUCGAAAAACUGGCAGAUCUUGAGGCAGCACCCGCAGCUUUAGCUCGGCUGUUCUCUGUUGAAUGGUACAGAAACAGGAUCAAUGGCAAGCAGGAAGUUAUGAUUGGGUAUUCAGAUUCUGGCAAGGAUGCUGGUCGUUUCUCUGCUGCUUGGCAACUGUACAAGGCACAAGAGGAGCUCAUUAAUGUUGCUAAGUUGUAUGGGGUUAAGUUAACUAUGUUCCACGGACGAGGUGGGACUGUGGGAAGAGGUGGGGGCCCUACCCAUCUUGCUAUACUGUCACAACCUCCAGAAACUAUUCAUGGAUCACUUAGGGUAACUGUUCAAGGUGAAGUCAUUGAACAAUCUUUUGGAGAGGAGCAUUUGUGCUUUAGAACCCUGCAACGUUUCACAGCUGCUACUCUUGAACAUGGUAUGCAUCCUCCAAUUUCGCCAAAACCAGAAUGGCGUGCUUUAAUGGACGAAAUGGCUAUUGUUGCCACAAAGGAAUACCGAUCAAUUGUGUUUGAAGAACCACGCUUUGUUGAGUAUUUCCGCCUUGCAACGCCAGAGAUGGAAUAUGGUAGGAUGAAUAUCGGAAGCAGACCAUCGAAAAGAAAGCCAAGUGCAGGCAUUGAAUCACUGCGUGCAAUUCCUUGGAUCUUUGCUUGGACGCAGACUCGGUUCCACCUACCAGUGUGGCUUGGUUUUGGCGCAGCAUUCAAGCAUGUCUUGGAUAAGGACAUACGGAAUCUUCAAACCCUUCAAGAGAUGUACAAUCAGUGGCCAUUUUUCAGGGUUACAAUAGACUUGGUUGAGAUGGUGUUUGCCAAAGGUGAUCCUGGUAUAGCGGCUCUGUAUGACAAGCUUCUAGUUUCAGAGGAUUUGUGGUCAUUCGGCAAGCGUCUUAGAGCCAACUAUGAAGAAACAAAGCAACUUCUUCUACAGGUUGCUGGGCACAAAGACCUUCUGGAGGGCGACCCUUACCUGAAGCAGAGGCUGCGCAUCCGCGACUCUUACAUCACCGCGCUGAACGUUUGCCAAGCUUACACGCUGAAGCGCAUCAGGGACCCUGGCUUCCAGGUGAACCCGGGGCCUCACCUGUCGAAGGACAUCAUGGACAUGGGCAAGCCAGCUUCGGAGCUCGUGAAGCUCAACACCACAAGCGAGUACGCCCCGGGACUGGAGGACACCCUCAUCCUGACCAUGAAGGGCAUCGCUGCCGGAAUGCAGAACACCGGCUGA